AUGAAAAAACUCUCACUCACUGAAUUCAGUGAUGCUCUCGAAGAUAACCUGGGAAAAUAUAAAUAUUGUUAUGAUAAUGAAGAAUGUGGAACUGGUGAAUAUUGUGAUAUUGGAGAAGAAGAUGGAAAUACAAAUGGAAAUAAAACACUUGGAUUGAAAUAUUGUUUCAAAAGUCCCGGUGAAGAAUAUUUGUAUGAAAAUGCGGCUCCGGAAUUAUGUAAGAACACAACUGAAUGUGGUCAAGGUUAUUGUAAAUAUUUCAGUGGAACAUAUGGAUUAUGUGUAUCAUUUCGUGAGUUGAGCAAACCUAAGAAAUAACCUUCACAAUUUUGAAUUUCAGCAAUUUGUCCACAUGAUUUGGCAUCUUUAGAUGAAGGAAAUGAAUGUAAAAACGUUACUCUUUGUUCAGAAUUAGGAGGACAAUGUGAAAAAGCAUUGCACGAUGACCGUAAAGCUUGUUGCCCUCGACUCUAUUGCAACGACGGAAUAACAACUUUAUACAAGCAGCCAGCAUUUAAUGAUCCAAGUUGUGAUAAAAGCAAAUCUCAUAAUUUGAAUGGGAAAUGUUGCCCGAAUUCUGGAGGUGAGAUAGUACUCCACAGGCAAUUACAGAUCAGUUUAUUAUUAGUCUAUUAUUGACUUAUUUUGAAAAUAGGUCGAAUAUAGGCUAAUACGGUACCUAUUAUUAGUCAAAAUCGAUGGAAUUUUCUAAAUCUAGCCCAAAGUGAGCAAAAGCUGCUUUAUGAUCAAUUUGAAAGUGAGAAAUAGGAAAUUACAUCCAUCUAACAAUUCUAGACGUCCAGAGAUCCCUAAAAUUCAGAUUUAUUUUUGACUAAUAAGUUACUAAUAAUUACUAAUAAGCUUGUUAUUAGUCAAAAAUGAGUGUGAAGUUUAGGGAUCUCUGGACCUGUGAUUGAACUCUAGAAUUGUUAGAUGAAUGUAAUUUCCUAUUUCUCACUUUCAAAUUGAUCCUAAAACAGCUUUUGCUAAUUUUGGGCUAGAUUUCGAAAAUUGCAUCGAUUUUUGACCAAUAAUAUGUACCGUAUUAGCCUAUAAUAAGCCAAAAUUGAAAAUAAGUCAAUAAUAGACUAAUAAUAAACUGAUCUGUAAUCGCCUGUGUCCACUGAAUAAGUUACUAAUUAUAUUUUACAGUGAGAUUGGGUCAAGUUGCUGAUACUCGAAAUAAAUGUAAAUACGGUGUUCUUGUUGUUCCUGAAAAACAAUGUCCAUGUCAAGUGGCAAAUGAACAAGAAAUAAUUACACAAUGGUGUGAUGAGAAAUCGAAAGUAUGUUGUGAAAUCAAUAAAUUUGAACAAUAUUUCAAAAUGUAUUGUCCGGAUGCAAGAACACCACUUUAUUUACAACCAACAUGUAAUGCAACAAAUAAAUCGUGUGAAAAUAUGGGAGGAAUUUGUGUUGAAGAAAGAUGUUGUCCCAAAUGUAAGAUAUUUUUGGAAAAGAAAUUUAAAAAUCUAUUUUUUCCAGUAUUGUUCAAUGAAAUUGAUAGAAAAUACAAAGGACUUCCAGAAAAAACAUUCAAAACUGAAGUAAGUUGUUCAAUCGAAAAGCCAACAAGUUUACGAUGGGCAUAUACAUUUUGUGAUGUUAUUACCAACAAACUUUGGAUUCUUGGAAAAUAUAACAAUUUUGGACAUGAAAAUGUUUUGGUGCCAACUGAAUGCCAAACAAUUGAAGAUUGUGAUCGAAUUAACAAUCGACAAGAUCAAUAUUGUGUUAUGGAUUCAGUUGGAAAAACAUUUUGUGUUGGAUCACCGGUGAGUUCAUGAAACUAGAAGUACUUAUAUUUUUGGAAUUGUUCCAGUAUAUCCCUGAGCCACAACCUGGCCAAGCUUCUAUUUGGCAUUAUAAUAUUGCUGUAACAAUUGUAUUUUUCGUUGGUUUAACCAUUAUUUUUAUAAUGAUGAGUGUUAUUAUGGUUAAAUGGAUAUGUGAGAGAAGAAGACGUUUGGAACAAUUCCACUGA